AUGUAUCUUCAUGACCACUUCUGUCAUUGGAAGCCCGCUCCUAGACCAGUCUUUCAUGAAGGUCAGUUGGAAACGGCAGCAUCCAUCAUCGACAUGCGAACUUUAGAGGUGGAAGUCCUAUGCUGCUCUUUUUGGUACGUGGUUCACACUCUAGAACCUUUCGCCCCUAACGACUGUUCUGCUGCUGAUCCAUUAGGCUAUGCCAGUAAUCUUUGUUCUGCGUCCUCAUUUAUAAUGUGA